AUGGACUUCAUGACGCAACCAAAAACUAACAAAACAUUAAGUGCGUUAGCAAAAUUUUUCGAGAAAGAAUCACUUGUUAAAGAAUCUACUGAUUGCGAUGCUUUAUUUUGUGCAUUAGAAACUGUUGUUGACAGUUUUUACGAAAAAGGCAAUUCUCAAUUAUUAGAAAGCAGAACUCAUAAAAAUGAGAUUGAAAGGGAUUAUGCUCAAACAACUGAAUAUUUCAAUAAAAAAUUAAUCUGAAUAGAAGAGCAAAGAAGAAAAAAAUAUGAAUCUAUCUCAAAAUCCUUAAAAAAUAAGCCAAAUAUAAACUCAGCAUCCAAAAAUUGCGUAAAUAUAAUGCAGAUUUCCAAUUCUUCCAGGCCUUUGCAUCAAAGAGUUGAAGAAGAACUUAAAAAGAAAAACGACAAUUUAAAAAGCUUGCUAAUGGAAAAAGAAAUUGAAAGAAGAAAAUAUGAAGAAGAAAAUGUUACCUUUAAGCCGCGAAUUCAUAGUGUCACACCUCCUAGAAACCAAAAACAGCUUGUAGAAUUUCUUCAUAACAGAAAUAAAAUAAAGACUAUAGCACAAAGAAAAGAAAUUGAGGAGAUAGAAAAAAUAUCCUUACUUCCUGUAAUAAGCAAAUUCUUGCUUAUUUAUAAGGGUUUCUGAGCUAAAUUGCAAAUAGUAAAUUUUAUAUGGAUAUAGAUCAAAACUUGCUUAUUAGAAAAAUGCAAAUUUUGUGUAUUUGCCUCAAUAAUGAGCAAAUUAUAUAAAAUUUACUAUUUGAAAUUUUGUACAAAAACCCCCAAAAUAAGUAAGAAUUUGCAUAUUACUGGGGAGUUAAAGGACUUACAAGAGAAGCCAAAUAUUUCUCCAAGAUCAGAAAAAUUAUCUGAAAAAUGAUGCAAAACGCCAGUUGUAAAUAGAUUGCAUUAUAAUAAAAAAUCAAGUUCUCCUGAUUUCUUUUCUGCUAAGCCUGAAAUAAAUCCUCAAUCACAAAAAUUAGCUCAAAAUAGGAGUGAAAAAGUAUUUUCAAGGCUCUAUACGUCAAAAUCUUCUUCAGACCUUAUCAGGCAAAAUUCUUUGCCUCCCUCUGAAAUGCAAGAACCUCAACCUUGGGAUGGACCAAUUGCUAUAAGAGCUCGUAAACGCUCUAAUAGUCCUUAUAGAGUAAAUACAGGUAAAGGCAGUGCACUUGAAAAUAAAUUUGUGGUCAAUGAACUAGAGUGCAGCCAAAAAUUAAGAAAUAUACUUAAAAAGCUAAUAAAGUAA